ACGUUAUCACUUAUCAGAGAUCCAUCGACUGGGAUAUAAAGCAUGUAGUAGCAAUUCCAAAUCCAUUCAGACCCAAAUCCAAAGGAGAUACUUUGGUUCCAAAAAACAUUCCCUUUUUCACCACCGUUUAGAAGUAGUAGUACUUAUCAGCUUGUAUAUGAAGGACAAAGAUUUCCAGCAGGUUAGGAAGAGUAAUCCUGGAAAAGAUGUUAGAUGGGGGAGAAUAUACUCAGGGGAUGGCAGAGCCUUUUUCCAGCAUGACUGAAGUUACAACAACCAAAAAGAAGAAGAACAAGAACAGGAGGAGGUUCAGCGAUGAACAAAUCAAAUCGUUGGAAUUGAUGUUUGAAUCGGAAUCCAGGCUUGAGCCACCGAAGAAGUUGCAGGUGGCAAGAGAGUUGGGGUUGCAGCCACGACAGGUUGCAAUAUGGUUCCAGAACAAGAGAGCUAGGUGGAAAACGAAGCAGCUUGAACGAGAUUACGGCAUCCUACAAGCCAAUUACAGCAAUCUAGCUUCCAAGUUCGAAAAUCUGAAGAAAGAAAAGCAGGCCUUGGUGAUUCAGUUGCAGAAGCUGAACGAUUUACUUAAGAAGCCAAAAGACGAAGGCAAGUGUUGCGGACAAGUUACAACAAUGAACAGCAUCGACGGAGACUCAGAUAAGGGAGAGGCUGUCAAGUCUGAUUCUGAAGGGCAGCUCAGUUUGUCAAUGGAAAGAUCAGAACAUGCGCUGGGAGUCCUGUCGGAUGAUGAUAGUGCCAUGAAGACAGACUAUUUUAGACUGGAAGAAGAGGCCAACCUUGUAAGCAUGGUGGAACCAGCUGAUGGUUCUUUAACAUCUUCAGAAGAUUGGCGCAGUUUUGACUCUGAUGGUCUCUUUGAUCAGUCCAGUAGUGGUUAUCAGUGGUGGGAUUUUUGGUCCUGAACAAAUGAAAUAAACAAAAAGUUGGAGGAGUAUGUAUGCAAAUAAUUUUCCUUCUGUACACAACCCAAGAGAGUGUUGGGGCAAAGUAGCAAGUAGAGGAAAUGGGAGAGGGGAACACUUGAAUAUGUACCAUUGAAUUUAGAUGAUGAGAACUAAAUUUCGCGGUCUGACAAUAUCUAAAUUCAGUUGAUCCUAUCUCUCAAAUCUAAUUUCAGCUUCCCUGGUUUGUACCACUUUUGGCCAGGAGAUCAAAUUGGAAUUCACAUUUUACUCUGAAAUCAUGGGCAGAUAGGGCUUAGGAUGCCUUCAGACAGUUCUUCUGUAUGAUGAAAAGAUAGAAUUGAACAGUAUGUGUAAAUAUUUGCUUUUGAGACUGGAAGAGUCUGUGAGAUAGAUUGAACAAGGAGUUCACUCAGACAAGACCUAUGACCAUUUCCAUUGCUCAUUCAAGUAGAACUUUAAAGGAGUUGCGAGAUUGCUCAAAAAUGAUAUCCCAAUCAUUUCUUUUA